CUAAGUAGGUUUAGUCUUCAGUAGAAAAAAGGAGAAAAAUAAAAGAAAAAAUCAAUUCUUUACAUCGAGAGUGUUCCAUAUCCUCCAAAACGAUUCGUGGCCCAUAAAAGACAUCAAAUGUUUUAGAUCCGGUGUUAUAAAUUCCAAAAAAAUUCUAACCACAUGCUGGUAAUAUGAAUUCCGAAAUGGAAUUCUCGGAUGAGGACCACGGUGACUCGCAUCGAUCGCUUCUCACUCACAUGAGUUGCGAAAAUGACAGCGGCAGCGAGGAUACCUGCACAGAAAUCCUUUUGCCGGAAAAUUCCAACAGUCCCGAAACGGAUGACUUUGUGUACAAGGUCCUUUCGGUUGACCAGAUUGUUCAGCAUCAGCGUAACAUCAUCGAUGAGGUGAAUAAUGUCCUGAAUUUGCCACCGCAAGUCACGCGUAUUAUCCUAAAUCACUUCAAAUGGGACAAAGAGAGCUUGUUCGAAAAUUAUUUCGAGAGCAAUCCAAAGGACUUCUUCCAGCGUGCCCAUGUGUUGAAUCCCUUUGAGAAGAAGAUGGAAAUCGAUUGUGCGGCGUCCACAUCCUGUUCCUUACCUCAGCUCUGUGGCAUUUGCUUUUGUUCUUGCGAUGAGCUCAUAGGUUUGGGUUGUGGUCACAACUUUUGUGCCGCCUGCUGGAAACAAUAUUUGGCCAAUAAGACGUGUAGCGAGGGCUUGGCCAAUACCAUCAAAUGUCCAGCUUCCAACUGUGAGAUCCUGGUUGAUUUUAUAUCUUUUCUGAAACUUGCCGAUGAUCCAGAGGUUGUCGAGCGAUAUCAGCAGCUCAUCACCAACACCUUUGUGGAAUGCAACACGCUGAUGCGAUGGUGCCCCGCCCCCAAUUGCAGCCAUGCCGUCAAGGCCGUUUGCGCUGAACCACGAGCAGUGCUUUGCAAAUGUGGGCAUGAGUUUUGCUUUGCUUGUGGCGAAAAUUGGCAUGAACCCGCCAGCUGCAGUUCGCUCAAGACAUGGGUCAAAAAAUGUCUUGAGGACUCGGAGACAUCGAAUUGGAUUGCCCAGAACACGAAGGAGUGCCCCAAGUGCAAUGUUACCAUCGAGAAGGAUGGUGGUUGCAAUCAUAUGGUGUGCAAGAAUCCAUCCUGCCGUUAUGAUUUCUGCUGGGUGUGCCUGGGAUCCUGGGAGCCACAUGGUUCGUCCUGGUACAGCUGCAAUCGCUUCGACGAGGAGGAGGCCAAACAGGCCAGAUUGGCUCAGCAAAAAUAUCGUUCUUCAAUGGCCCGAUAUCUGCACUAUUACAAUCGUUAUAGCAACCACAUGCAGAGCUUGAAAAUGGAAAAUAAAUUGUAUUCCAAUAUUCAGGCAAAAAUGGAAGACAUGCAGGAGGAGAUGAGCUGGAUUGAGGUUCAGUUCCUGCGUGAUGCCGUCGAUGUUUUAUGCCAAUGUCGCACCACUCUGAUGUACAGCUAUGUGUUCGCCUUUUAUCUGAUGAACAACAAUCAGAAGAUCAUAUUCGAGGAUAAUCAGAAGGACAUGGAAAUGGCCACCGAGAAGCUGUCCGAGUGCUUGGAGCGAGAGAUCACUGUCAAGAAUAUCUACGAAGUUAAACAAAAGGUCCUCGACUUAUCGCACUAUUGCCAAAAACGACGACAUGUCCUCCUUUGCCAUGUGAGGGAGGGAUACGAAAAUGACUGGUGGGAAUUCAAGGAGGAGACCACUACAUAACUCGUAUAAUCCAAAGACAUCUGUAUUCGAUGCACAACACAAGAAAAAAAUGUAAAUUAA